CAAUUGCGGUCAUGCAAUGAAGCAUCCAUAAAAGCCCCAAAAGAUGGGACUCGGAGAGCUUUCAGGAUGAAAAUCCAGCUGGUGGACUGGGGUUUUCUAUUGCAUUGAUGUCAAAACCACAUCUUCCAGAAACUACUCUAGGACCCCCUGAUGCAUCCAACUUGGUCACAGCACCCACAAGCACACAUGCUUCUGACCUACAACAAUGGGGGAAUUACCUAGAGAAGUUCUACCAAUUGCCAAGGUACACAUAUAAGUCUGAAAGGAAGAGCAAAACUAAUGUGAUUGUUGAGACACUUAAAAGAAUGCAGCGAUUCUUCGGGCUGAAUGAGACAGGGAAGCCAAAUGAGGAAACCUUGGAGAUGAUGAGAAAGCCUCGAUGUGGAGUGCCCGACUCGGGGGGCUUUAUGAGAACCCCAGGAAACCCCAAGUGGGAAAAAACUCAGCUGACCUACAGGAUUGUGAACUAUACCCCGAACUUGACAAGGACGGAUAUAGAAGCACUUAUUGAGGAAGCCUUUAAAGUCUGGAGUGACGUGUCACCCCUGACCUUCAACAGGACCCUGGACAAAGAAGCGGACAUCCAGAUUUCUUUUGCCCGAAAAGAUCAUGGGGACAAUUCCCCAUUUGAUGGACCCGAUGGAAUUCUUGCUCAUGCCUUUCAGCCAGGCCCAGGUAUUGGAGGAGAUGUUCAUUUUGAUGCAGAAGAAACAUGGACCAAAACCCCUGAAAAUUACAACUUGUUUCCUGUUGCUGCCCAUGAAUUUGGCCAUUCCUUGGGGCUGGCUCACUCCUCCGAUCCUGGGGCCCUGAUGUAUCCCAACUACGCUUUCAGUGACCCCAGCACCUACACACUGCAUCAAGAUGACAUCAAUGGCAUCCAGGCCAUUUAUGGACCCUCAAGCAACCCUGUCCAACCUACUGGACCAACCACCCCCACAGCCUGCGACCCCAGACUGACGUUUGACGCUAUCACCACACUCCGUGGAGAAACACUCUUCUUCAAAGACAAGUACGUCUGGAGGAAGCACCCUCGGCUACGAAUGAUCGAAUUCAAUUUAAUUUCUCUCUACUGGCCUUCCCUGCCAAACGGCAUACAGGCUGCUUAUGAGGAUUUUGACAGGGACCUGAUUUUCGUAUUCAAAGGCACACAGUACUGGGCUCUGAGUGGCUAUGACACUCAGCAAGGUUAUCCCAAGCAUAUAUCAAACUAUGGCUUCCCGAGCAGUGUCCAAGCAAUUGAUGCAGCUGUUUCCUACAGAGGAAAAACGUACUUCUUUGUAAAUUACCAAUUCUGGAGAUAUGAUGACCAAAGUCAAUCUAUGGAACCAGGCUAUCCCCAAAGCAUAGAAGAAUUUUUUCCAGGAAUAAAUAGUAGAGUUGAUGCAGUUUUCCAGGAGAAUUCCUUCUUCCUUUUCUUCAGUGGACCAAGAUAUCAUGCAUUUGAUUUUCAUGCUCGUAGAAUUACUAGAGUCGGCAAAAGCAAUAGAUGGCUUAACUGUAGAUACAGUUGAAGCAAAAUUAAAUGUGAUUGUAUCCAUUUUCUGAAUAUGGAA